AUGAAUCUUGUUGCAAGAUUUUCGUGUAAUAGAAGUUACACGAAGCUUACAGGUUGGUUUCUUCAACUCUGCUACGGACUUCAUACCAAAAGCGAUUGCAACAUCGAUGAAGUUGCAUUACACCCGAUUGUCACACCUGUCGAAUUUGAAAGUGUACCGACGAACGAGAAGAAGACAUGCUAUGUUGUAGGUGGUUUUCACGGUAUUGAAAGUCGUGAUGAGUGGCACAAACCUGUCAUGUCUUUGGCCAUCAUAGACGAUCUUUCCACGAUUAAGCCACUCAAGUCCUAA